GGCAGUUUAGUAGUUCAAGAAAGGCCACUGAAAUCCACAAUGGAAGCUACUUAGCAUGCUGGAGAGGGCUAGAGAAGUUUGUGUGGAUGGGAGGUGAGGUGGGAGGUUAUGAGUGACCUUGAUGCCACAGGAGAAGAGGAAUGGCAGGAGCAGAGGACAGCAGAGCCAGGCGUCCUUGGUUACACACAUAUGUGUCUACAGGAGUGAUCCUUGCACCUUACGGACCCGAGUGGCGAGAGCAGCGAAAAUUCUCUGUGUCUACCAUGCGCAACUUUGGCCUGGGCAAGAAAUCCCUGGAGCAGUGGGUGACUGAUGAGGCUGGCCACCUCCGUGAUGCCUUUGCCGACCAGGCUGGGCGGCCCUUCAAUCCCAACGCCAUCCUGGACAAAGCUACGUGCAAUGUGAUCUCGUCUCUCAUUUUUGCUCGUCGCUUUGAAUAUGAAGACCCUUACCUCAUCAGGAUGCUGGAACUGCUGAAAGGUGGCUUGACUGACGUCUUUGGCUUCAUUCCUCAGGUUCUUAACAUGUUCCCAAUCCUCCUGCGCAUCCCAGGACUGGCUGACAAGGUCUUCCAGGGACAGAAGAACUUGGCAGCAAUGCUGGAGGAUCUGUUGACUGAGCACAGGAAGACCCAGGACCCUGAACAGCCACCCCGAGACCUGACCGAUGCCUUCCUGGCAGAGGUGGAGAAGGCCAAGGGGAACCCUGAGAGCAGCUUCAAUGAUGAGAACCUGCGCGUAGUGGUGUCUGAACUGUUUGCUGCAGGAAUAGUGUCCACCUCAACCACACUGUCCUGGGCCCUGCUGCUCAUGAUCCUGUAUCCAGAUGUGCAGAGGAAGUCCCUUGGGAAUGCUUCACUGAGGGGAUGCUCUCCCUCCAGGCGCGUGCAACAGGAGAUCGAUGAGGUCAUAGGACAGGCCAGGAGCCCAGAGAUGGCAGACCAGGCCCGCAUGCCCUUCACCAAUGCUGUCAUUCAUGAGGUGCAGCGCUUUGCGGACAUCGGCCAGUUGAAUUUGCCAUGCAUCACAUCCCGUGACAUUGAAGUCCAGGGCUUCCUCAUCCCCAAGGGAACGACCCUCAUCCCCAACCUGUCCUCCGUGCUGAAGGAUGAGACUGUCUGGGAGAAGCCCCUCCAGUUCCAUCCUGAACACUUCCUGGAUGCCCAGGGCCGCUUUGUGAAGCAUGAGGCCUUCAUGCCAUUCUCAGCAGGCCGCAGAGCAUGCCUGGGGGAGCCUCUGGCCCGCAUGGAGCUCUUCCUCUUCUUCACCUGCCUCCUGCAGCGCUUCAGGUUCUCGGUGCCUAAUGGACAGCCCCGGCCCAGCUACCAGAGAGUUGUUGGUGUUGUGACAACUCCCUCCCCCUACGAGCUCUGUGCAGUCACUUGCUAGCAGGACACAGAUUCUAGUCCCGCCCCCAGCUCACUCUGAUCUUCCCACAAUAAACCAGUUUUGUGGCUG